AGUGCAAUUCUAAAAAACCGUAGCUAAAAUGAACAAACUUCAAAACUCUCUCAUUUUAUCGAUGAGUUUACUCUCUUACAAAUUUUAAGUUCGUGAAUUUUUUAGAAACUUUCAAUAUGUUGAAUAAACGUCAAAGAGAUUUGUUAAAAGAAUUUUUGUUGAUUAGAUGACUGUUUGCAUAUAUAUAAUUCUUCAUAAAUAAUUGAGAUCUAUAUGAUGAAGUGUGUUAAAACAAUAUAAAAAUGCAAUAAACAAUUAAUUUUAUUAUAUCUGUAAAUAAUUGAGUUUGUCAGAGUUAAAAUGUCCAAUUCAGAGGUUGAUAUAGGAUGCAUCGAUGAGGUAACACUUGCAAUUAGUAAAGCAAGAAGUUCUCAAGCAGGUACUGUGAGAGUUCUUGAUAGUCCUGACUCAGAUGGAUUUGGUCACUCAAAUUCUUUUACUGUACAACGAUUUAAUUAUUCCAAUGAUAGCAAUACCAACUCAGAUAUUCUUCAAUCACCCCUGACUAGCGACGAUUUGAGAAUACCUAUUGUUGGUUAUGAAAUUAUGGAGGAAAGAGCUAGAUUUACAGUUUACAAACUUCGAGUUGAAUUGAAAAAUGGUGAUUGUUGGUUUGUGUUUAGAAGAUACACAGACUUUGUUCGAUUAUUAGCUCAAUUAAAAAGGCAGAAAGUUCCUAUUGCCCAUUUAUCACUACCAAGAAAAAAAUGGCUUGGUGAUAAUUUUGCUCCAAGUUUUUUAGAAGGAAGGAUAUGUGGACUUCAAGCAUUUGUUAAUGGCAUAUUGAGCAGUCCAAUUCUCAUAGGUGUUUCGUGUGUAAGAGAAUUCUUCUGUUUGGAUGAACCUCCUGUCUUAUCCGAUACAGCAGAGGAAUCUAGGGCAAUAUUUGAAGCACUUGAAGAUACAAUUUAUAAUUUAAGACAACAACUAAGAGAACGUGAUGCAAUACUUGCAUCUGAAAAAGCUCGAUGCAAUGAAUUCCGGAAAAAGCUUCAUCAGAUACUAAGUGAAAGACAAACCUGUUCAAAAUGUGGUGCAACCCAAUAAUAACUUUAUAGACUAUAAUAUUAGAUCUGAUAGAGUUAAUUUGUACAAAGUUUAAAUCAAUGCUAUUAUAAAGAAAUUAGUAUACACAAAAUUAUUUAAAAACUUUCGUUAUAAGGAAGAUAUUUAUCAGUGAUAUUUUAUAGGCAAGAUAUAUUAACUGUUAUAUUAGCAUUAUUUUAUCAGUAAACUUUGUAUAUAAAAUUUUACUCAAAUUUUUAAAUUUGACUAAAUAUUUGAUACAAAUUUUUAAUAAUAUUAUUUAUUGAUAUUAUUUAUUAAGAUAAAUUUUAAAUGAUAUUUCACAUAAAUAGAUUUUUAAUUUUUUGAUAUAUAAAUUUAUACUUACUACUUAUCUAUUAAAAAACUCUA